GAGAGCACGUAAAAGUUAUUUUAUCCAUUGUCAAUAAGCCUUUCGAGUGUAAAUCAGCCAGAGGAGAUGUCAGUUUGGGUGCAUUCUCGGUUUACUUCUGCAUUUUUCCUGUUAUUUUUCAUAGUUUGAAAAUUCGAAAUGACGAUCAAUGGAUAUUGACAGUUACUGUCAAAGGAAUUUGACCGAUAUGGGUGGGGAUUAUUUGGAAGUGAGUUGGCACGUUGGCCAAUCAACCGCAUACGUCAUUUCGCUUGCGAAUCUGAGGUUAAGAUUUGUGUCACCUGGAGUGAUGAGGAAUUUUUUGGACUUUCAAGUCUAGCCGAGAUUUGGCAAAUGAAUUCCCUUAUCUCAAUGGCCUAGGUCUAUGUACUACGUGUCAUUCGUUAUGCAACGAUCAAAUACCAUUUGCUGACAUCAGUAGCGUUCGGCUUGAUAAGACGUGUCAGUCGACCCCGAAUUAUCAACCAGAGAGGUUAGUCACGUAUACUGGGAUCGUCACAACUUUAGUCACUUCCACUGUUACUACUGCAUACGCUUGGUAAUCCGAUCGCAAUAUCGUUAAUUCAAUUCAAGAAAGAAAUAAUAUCAUAUCUGGAAGAGAUGACGAGCAAAUGGAAUGUACUGGUGACGGGAGGUGCUGGUUAUAUUGGUUCUCACACAGUACUGGAUCUUCUAAAUGAAAAUUUUGAGGUGGUGGUUAUUGAUAAUCUCGGUAAUGCGUAUAAAGGAGAUAAAGCGGAUAAACCGGAAUGUAUUUUACGGGUUGAAAAACUUGCAAAGAAAAAUGUAAUCUUUGAAGAGUGCGAUAUUACCAAUAAAGCAGCUAUAGAGGGUAUUUUUAAGAGACAUAAAUUCCAAUGUGUCAUUCAUUUUGCGGCGUUGAAAGCCGUUGGAGAGUCAUGCGAAAAACCAUUGGAAUAUUACAAAACCAAUGUUGGAGGAACUAUCAAUUUAUUAGAAGUGAUGAGGGAUAAUGGGGUUAAGAAUUUAAUUUACUCGAGCAGUGCUACUGUUUAUGGAGUUCCCAAAGAACUUCCCUUGACUGAAGAUAUGGAGACUGGGCACUGCACUAAUCCCUAUGGAAAGACCAAGUUUAUGGUUGAAGAGAUUCUCAAGGAUCUGUGUCAAUCUGAUCAAAAUUGGUCGGUCAUAUCACUUAGAUAUUUUAAUCCCGUUGGCGCUCAUCCAUCCGGGCAAAUAGGUGAGGAUCCAAAUGGAAUCCCAAAUAAUCUAAUGCCAUUCAUCGCUCAAGUGGCCGUUGGUAAACGCGAGAUGCUGACCGUCUAUGGCAACGAUUAUGACACGCCGGAUGGAACUGGAGUUCGAGAUUAUAUCCACAUUAUGGAUUUGGCCAAUGGGCAUGUAAAAGCCAUCAUUAGUCAAAAUACGAGUAAUUUCAAGGGUUUCAAAGCUGUCAACUUGGGAACUGGCAAGGGCUUUUCGGUUUUAGAAAUGAUAACUGCAUUCGAGAAAGCCUCUGGCAAAAAAAUAGCAUUCAAGAUUUCUGAACGCAGAGCUGGCGACAUUGCAUCCAGCUAUGCGGAUGCAUCGAUUGCAAAUAAAGAGCUCAAGUGGUUUGCCACAAAAAAUAUUGAUGACAUGUGUGCCGAUACAUGGAAUUGGCAGCAACAAAAUCCACAGGGUUUCAAAACGGCAUAACAUGCCGGCUUUCCUCUAUGGAUUAGGAAAAGCAUUACACUUAACAAAAAUCAAGGAAUUCUAGCCAAAUGUCUAAUCUAUAUAGAUUAAUUUAAGGAAACGACGUCUAUUUGAAUGAACUCACAGUACAUAUGUGGAUAAUGAUAAAUGUUAGUGAAAGAUGUUUCAGUAUUUGUACAGCCUGAGGAAAUUUACGUUUCCAUAAUUUUUUUGCCUCAAUAAAGUUCAACCUAAAAAUAUA